CCUGCUUCUUUAUAAGACGGCGUGUUGCCAUGGCAUCGAAUGCCAGCCAUAUGUUGGAGGCUGCCCUGGAGCAAAUGGAUGACAUUAUUGCUGGGAAAAUGGGGGAAGGCCUGUUCAGUGCUCGUGUGCGGUUAGAUGUCAAAGAUUAUCAAUCUCCAGAAUGCAGUCAACAGUUGACCCUUCCCCCACCCUUGGAUCCUGCCCUCAAGGCUCUUCAGCUGACUGAGGCCCUCAGGGCAGUGCUGGAGGGGCAGGGGGAUGAGGAAGGACAGGAUGCUCUCAGGAAACAAGUAUCUGAUGAUACUGCAGAUAUUAUAUUAAAAUGGUUGGGAAGAGGUGGGGUGAGUACUGAUUCCCAGGUUUGUCAUAACAGAGUUAUAUAACACCUCACCUAGCAUGCAAAUCCAUACCUCAGUAUGAAAUAUUUACAAGCUAAUGUCUAAUUCUGGUUCAACAAGAGAACUGAAUUGAUACAUAUACUAAUAUUUUGGCAUGGACUGGCGCUACAAAGAACAUGGA